GGCGGCUCUCAGCGCGUGGAAAGCGCAACCCGGAAGUGACGCUAUUACUUCGCGCCGGCGGUGAGAGAGUUCGAAGAUGGCGGCGCGCAAGGGUCGGCGGCGCACGUGUGAAACUGGGGAGCCCAUGGAGGCUGAGUCCGGCGACGCAGGGUCCCAGGGCCAGGCCCAAGUCUACCUGCCCGGCAGGGGACCGCCGCUGCGCGAAGGAGAGGAGCUGGUCAUGGACGAGGAGGCCUACGUGCUGUACCACCGAGCGCAAACUGGCGCCCCCUGUCUCAGCUUCGACAUAGUCCGGGAUCAUCUGGGAGACAAUCGGACAGAGCUUCCUCUUACCCUUUAUCUGUGUGCUGGGACCCAGGCGGAGAGCGCCCAGAGCAACAGACUAAUGAUGCUCCGGAUGCACAAUCUGCUUGGGACGAAGCCCCCGCCAUCAGAGGGCAGCGAUGAAGAGGAGGAGGAGGAAGACGAAGAGGAUGAAGAAGAGCGGAAGCCUCAGCUGGAGCUGGCUAUGGUGCCCCACUAUGGCGGCAUCAACCGAGUUCGGGUGUCAUGGCUGGGUGAGGAGCCGGUGGCUGCGGUAUGGUCAGAGAAGGGCCAGGUGGAGGUGUUCGCGCUGCGGCGGCUUCUGCAGGUGGUGGAUGACCCCCAGGCCAUGGCGACCUUCCUCCGGGAUGAGCAGGCCCGAGUGAAGCCCAUCUUCGCCUUUGCUGGCCACAUGGGCGAGGGCUUUGCACUCGACUGGUCCUCCCGUGUGCCAGGGCGCCUGCUGACUGGUGACUGUCAGAAGAACAUCCACCUCUGGACGCCUGCGGAUGGCGGCUCCUGGCACGUGGACCAGCGGCCUUUUGUGGGCCACACACGCUCCGUGGAGGACCUACAGUGGUCCCCAACUGAGGACACGGUAUUUGCCUCCUGCUCAGCGGAUGCCUCCAUUCGCAUCUGGGACAUCCGGGCAGCCCCCAGCAAGGCCUGCAUGCUCACCACCGCCAGCGCCCACGACGGGGACGUCAACGUCAUCAGCUGGAGUCGCCGGGAGCCCUUCCUGCUCAGCGGCGGGGACGACGGGGCCCUCAAAGUCUGGGACCUGCGGCAGUUCAAGAAUGGCUCCCCCGUGGCCACCUUCAAGCAGCACGUGGCCCCCGUGACGUCCGUCGAGUGGCACCCCCAGGACAGUGGGGUCUUCGCAGCCUCGGGUGCAGACAACCAGAUCACACAGUGGGACCUGGCAGUGGAGCGGGACCCCGAGGCGGGCGACACGGAGACCGACCCCGGGCUGGCGGACCUCCCCCAGCAGCUGCUCUUCGUGCACCAGGGCGAAACAGACCUGAAGGAGCUGCACUGGCACCCGCAGUGCCCUGGCGUCCUGGUUAGCACCGCCCUGUCGGGCUUCACUGUCUUCCGCACCAUCAGCGUCUGAGGCGCCCCGCGGCAUCUGGCCUGGCCUUCCACUUGGGAACUGAAGAUGAGGUUGGUUCCCCUGAGGGGACUCAUUCAGAUCUGUUGACCAGCCCCACUCCAAAAGAAGGGCUUAGUUCGGCCCAUUGGCCGCCAUGAUGGAUUCUCUUGGCCUUACUCUUCUUUGAAAGGACUUGGUUUGGCCUGAUGACCCCCUUGCCAAAGGAUAUAGUUUGACCCGUGACUCUCUCAAACUACUUGGUUUGGUCCUGUGACCCCGCCUCCUCCAACCA